GGUGUCGCUUUACCACAAAGCUCGAUCAACUAUACCUCCGCACACAACAUUCUGCGCACUUAGAAAAUACUAAAUAAUCGAAGGUGUACCGAAUCCUGAGUGGUGGAUUAGACGCCAAGGUACCUGUCGAUUGUACGAGAGUGUGUCUGUGUGUGUGUCGGCGGUGUGGGUGGUCAACCGAGCAGCCCAGAGCUGUCCGCAGCCAGCAGCUGGCGGUGUUUACACGCGACUCGUGUCGCGCCGCGCCUGCAUCUCGAGCUGGUGCCGUGUUCUCUCUCGCUCGCUGCAACAUACACCACCCUUCAUUUACUAUUCAGCGCUGUGAAUUUUUUACUUAGCGAACGACCGAAGAUCGAGCAUGGCGUCGUGAAACAUUCAUACAGACACGGAACGCAGAGGUCCCAAAGUCUCAACCGCGCACACUCUUUAUCUCGCACCGAUGGAACCUGGUGACAUCACGGGACCGCGGGCAGCAUAGUGCAGUGCGCCGAGUGUGGCUCGCGCGGGAUGGGCAAUAAGCUCUCAUCUUGUUCUUGCGCGCCCAUACUGCGCAAGGCGUACCGCUAUGAAGACAGCCCGUGGCAGAACUCUCGCCGCCGUGAUGGUCACUUAUUGAGAUUAUGGGCUGAAGUAUUCCAUGUGUCAGCUAGUGGCGCUGGUACAGUGAAAUGGCAGCAGGUAUCCGAAGAUCUGGUACCGGUCAAUAUCACAUGCAUUCAAGAUUCUCCGGAAUGCGUAUUUCAUAUCACGGCGUACAAUUCUCAAGUUGAUAAAAUACUAGAUGUGAGACUACUUCAACCAGGUACUCGUAUUGGUCAAGCCUCGGAAUGUUUUGUGUACUGGAAGGAUCCAAUGACUAACGACACUUGGGGACUAAAUUUUACUUCCCCAAUAGAUGCCAAACAAUUUAGAGAGUGUUGUUCCCCAUCUUUCAAAUUUUCCCGCAAAGCUUCGUCGAGUUAUAGUUUAAAAUUGGAACCUCCUGGAAGUAAGCAAAAGUUUAAGGCUAAAAGGAAACCCGUGUCUACACCGGCAAGUCCUAAUCGAUCUAGCUUAACCUAUGGCCGUGAAGCACAAUGUACUUGCAUGACUCAAGAACAAUAUGCUCGAUUAAGAGCUCAAGAUCCAAGAUACAGGUCCUCAACUCUGCCAAGAACUACAACUCGCGCUAUAGAAACAGAGGCCGCUGCGGCCGCUGCUACUAAUGCAGCCCGCUCUGACAAAGUCGCUGCUGCCACAUCUUCUACUUCCUUGUACGACAAUGUCACAAAUUCACAGGCCACACAUCAACCGCCACCGAAACGUAAGAUGCUUAAUAUUUUUGCCACGCCCCACGGUAAAAUUGUACUAUAUUACAAAUAA